AUGAAUUUUGGUAUCGUGUGGAGCUUCCAGUCUAUCCUCAGUCACCUCAUUGGCACGCCUCUUUCUUUCCUCCCUCCAGAGAUCUCGAGGAUCAUUCAGCUGGAUUUGGACCUGAAAUAUAUGACCAACAUCCGUGAGUUGUUUGAGGAAUUCGAUAAUUUCCCUCCCGGGGCCGUCAUUGGGAUCGCCCAUGAGAUGCAGCCAGUAUACAGGCACACCUUCUGGCAGUUUCGCCGUGAGAACCCUCAAACCCGAGUGGGGGACCCUCCUCCCGAGGGGCUGCCGGGCUUUAACAGCGGCGUGAUGCUCCUGAACCUGGAGGCCAUGCGCCAGUCUGCCCUCUACCAUCGGCUCCUCGAGCCGGCGGCGCUGCAGCGACUCACGGAGAAGUACCGCUUCCAGGGCCACCUGGGGGACCAGGACUUCUUCACGGUGGCCGGCAUGGAGCACCCCGAGCUCUUCCACGUUCUCGACUGCACCUGGAACCGGCAGCUGUGCACCUGGUGGAAGGACCACGGCUACCGCGACGUGUUCGAGGCGUACUUCCGCUGCGAGGGCCACGUCCGCAUCUUCCACGGCAAUUGCAACACGCCGAUCCCCGAGGACUAGGGGCCCACGAGGGACCAGCAGGGGCCCGACCUGGCGUGGGCACCGGAGCGGCCAAGGGCCCAGCUGGGGCGGUUCACUGGCCUGCCUUCCCUUGGCCGGGCCCUUCAGGCUCUCCUCAGCCAUCCGAGGCUGGCAGGCUGGCCGCCCCUCACCCCUGCGCCGUGCCAGCCCACAGGAAGAGCGAUGGUCGCCCAGCUAGCCAGAGGGCAGUGCUGCCCAGGAGGGAAGGACCAAGUUCUUAGGAGGGAAAGCUGAGAGGAAGAGAGAGGCUUCUCGCUGGCCCUGUGGGUCACACCUGCGCCCACCAAACGCCAGCCUUCCUUGGACCGCUCACUAGAAGCAGGACGGGCGCCCGAGCGUCUGCCAGGCCCCUUGGUGGGGCCUCAGGUGAAGAGGUCGGAUGUGUGCUGAGACGUCCAUCUCAGAGGGACCGAGGGCUGCCCUCUCAGCUCUGUGGAAUUGGGGAGUCCCCGGCUCAGGGGUGCUUCAGAGCCUUCCUACAAGACCCCUCUCGGGGUGUCAACAAGGGGCACUUUUCGCUCCCUGCUAAGCCUUCUGAAUUGGAGGAAGAUCGGGACCUUGCCGGCGCCGGCGGGUCCUCCUGGCCAGGGCGCUGGCCACGUCCUCCCUCCGAAGGCCAGCCCAAGGAGAGGGCUGAGGCAGAGGCAGCCGUGACUUCCGUGACGGCCACCAUGCUCUUCCCGAAGGCUGAGUUCUGCCAUGCUUGAUAAAAUGGCGGCCUCGUUGCUCGCUCUUCAGACCUUGUAAGUAGCCAUCCUGCCCCAGGAGGCCGUUUUGUCUCCGAGGUGAAGCCCAGACUUGUCCAGGAGGUCCUCAGAGUGAGGGAGGGAGCGUGCCGGGGCGUCUCCCUUUGGUGGUGAUGUGUACGUUUGCCCGAGGGGAGCCCUUCCGUGGCCGUGGCUGGCACGUCGUUCCAUGCCUUCUCUUCUGAGUGGUUCUGAACUGCAUGCAGGCUCAGGCUCCGAGCUUAAUAAAUU